UCCAAGAUUUGCAGCACAUGCUGCCUUCUCGUUGCAGCAAGUGCGCCAAGCUCCUCAUUGCUGCGGCCAUUGCAUCGGCUGGCCCCAAAGCUUUUGUUGGAAUGGAGAUGAAAGGUGCAGUCCGCGGACCCGAAGCAAAGCGAAGCCGAAGCGACGUCAGCGACGUUGCACGCGCUGCAGAGGCUGCAGAGGCUGCAGAGGCUGCAGAGGCUGCAGAGGCUGCAGGUGAAGGAUCAGAAGGAAAAGUGGUGAUCCUUGGAGCUGGAUUGCAAGGUGCGGCCUUGGCCUAUUAUUUGACCCGUCGGGGGGUGAAGCCAUUGAUCGUUGAAAGGGAGAAGGUCGCUGCAGCUGCAAGUGGCAAAGGAGGAGGAUUUUUAGCACGUGACUGGGGAGACAGCAUUACCAGGAAGCUCCAUACAGUGAGCUUCCAGCUGCAUGAGGAACUGGCUGAGAAGCUGAAGAUCGAGUCCUACCGGAAAUUGCCGGUCCUUUCCGUGUCCCCUGGAAAGCGCAGCAGUCGCGUGCCGGAUCUCUGCGAAUGGCUGGAUGGAGAUAUUGAGGACAUUCGGAUGAUGGAUCCCAAUGGCGCGCAGGUGGCGCCUCUGGAGCUAUGUACCAAACUCAUUGAUGCCGCAGUGGCAGAAGGUGCAGAGCUUCUAAUCGGAGCGGCAGAAGGUGUAGAAACCGAAGCAGAUGGUGACAUCGAGCGUGUGACAGGUGUGGUCGUUGAUGGUAAAGUUGUGCCGGCUGAGAAGGUUUGCGUUUGUCUUGGUCCAUGGGCUGCACUCGCCCAGGACUGGUUCAACAUGCCCGUGCCGAUGACUGGGGUAAAGAGCAGCAGCAUUGUCUACAAGAGCGCUGAACCAGUGAAACCCUUUGCCGUCUUUUGCGGGGAGGAUCCCAGAUAUGGAACCCACUUGGAAAUUUAUCCGCGCAACUCCGGGGAAGUUUACAUUUGUGGUAUUGGUGGUUCGGAAUAUGUGGACGGGACCCAGUUGCGUCGCGGGGAACUGCCACCCUCAGAUGUGAAGCCAGACCCGGCGAGGGUGAAGGCAGCCACGGCGUGCUUUUCGGAGAUGAGCCAUAAACUGGGAGGAGAGCCAGAUGUGGUGCAAGCGUGUAUGAGACCUUGCCCUCCAGAUGCUUUGCCCAUCAUGGGCAAAGUCCCUCAUGUCCGCGGGGCAUAUAUUUCUGCAGGCCACAACUGCUGGGGAAUCUUAUGGGCUCCAGUGAGUGGUUUGGCCAUGUCAGAAUUGAUCCUCGAUGGAGCCGCAAGCUGCGUGGACCUGCGGCACUUUUCCCCCGCGCGUUUCGCGCGCUCGGGCAGCGCUGCGGCCAUGCGGGGGAGGAAGAUGGGCGCUGUGCCCGUGGGUGAGCAAUGGUAAGGGCAGAAGAG